AUGCCUAAACGUGGACAAACAUUGAAAAACGGAGCCCGUGAGUUAAUCAUCAAGCUGCAAGAUUACUUUGAGCGGGAGCGGCAAAAUGGCGGACCCCUGUUACCUGUCGAACAAGUACAAGAACGCGUCUCUCAGGCGCUUGGAGUUAGCAAACGAACUAUUCUAUUAUAUAAAGAACGUAAGGAUAUUGUGAGCCUCUCUGUUGAACGAACUGUAGAAAUGGCUUGUGUCGAGCUCGAGCACCUCAUUGUUGUAAGUGUUUACAGACCCCCAUGUGCUACUUAUGACCAUUUUGAAAGGAUUGUGGAAGAAGUUUUACUCAAACUUAGUAAACAGAACAAGUCUGUUGUAAUGUGUGGAGACUUUAAUAUCAAUUUCCUUGAAACUUCUUCCAUUAGUAUUAAGUUUCGCUCAUUGUUUAAAUCGUAUAAUCUUGUAAAUUUAUUCUUAGAACCAACACGUAUUGCUGGGCCUAGUGCGACCUGUAUAGAUAACAUUUUUACAGAUGUUAAGCCCUUGCAUAAAUCAAUUAUUCAAAAUUUAAGUUCAGAUCACUGUGGAGAGUUAGUAUCACUACCUUACAUACACAAAAAACAGAAAAAUAAGAAAGUUGUGUUUGUUCCAAUAAAUGAACAUCGCUUGUAG